GAGGGGUCUCAUCAUUCCCUCAUGUAGCCUCGGUCCGCCCCUGCUGACAGAGAAGAAAACAUCCACCCUCCUCUUCCUCAGCUGCAGCUUCAUCCUCCAGCUGCUGGACCUCCUUCUCCUGUGAAUCAGACACCAUUGUGAAGCGUCUCUCCAUCCUCUGAGCGCGUAUCCGCCUCACCUGCGGACUCCGGGACACUUGAUCACCUGCAGCCGCUGAGCAGAGGCCGCCUGCGGGCUGGUUUUGUCGGCCUCGUCCAUCCUUCAUCAUCCUCCUCUUCAUCAGCAGACAUGUUGUUCAGGCAGGAUCCGUGACGCCGCGGUGACUGCUGAUGGAUGGAAGGAGCCGGAGGAGCGGCUAGAAUGACGCUCGGCACCUGGUCUCUGACCCAGCAGUACAGCGAUGGUGUAUGCCCAGACAUCAAACACAGUCGGUGUCAAUCCCUCCAUCUACUUGCCAUCGUUCAUGUAUCAGAUGUCAUUUAACUACUCCAAGAGAGAAAACUCAACUGUCCUGGCAACCUUACCCACAACUCCCCUCUGCAGCCUUGAGGGCACGUCCUCCGGCCAGUUGAAUACUACCUCUGUCCCUGAUGAGCUGACUUCAGGUGAGGUUGCCGUCCUAGGCUUGGUGUUUGGGGUUCUAUGGCUGGUCUCCAUCUUGGGAAAUGCCCUCGUAUGCCUGGUCAUCCACCGAAGCCGACGGACUCAGUCCACAACCAACUACUUUGUGGUGUCUAUGGCCUGCGCGGACCUGCUCAUGAGCCUUGGUUGUGCCCCAUUCGUCCUCUUGCAGGUUGCCUCUGGACGUUGGCCAAUGAGCACAGCAGCUUGCAAGGCUGUGCGCUAUCUACAGCACCUUUGUCCAGGUGUGCAGGUUUACGUCCUGCUUUCCAUCUCAAUAGACCGCUUCUACACAAUCGUCUAUCCCCUCAGCUUCAAAGUGUCCAGAGAAAAGGCAAAGAAGAUGAUUCUGGCUUCGUGGUUAUUUGAUGCAGCCUUCGUCUCCCCCUGCCUCUUCUUCUAUGGAUCUACAUCCACAGUCAGUCAUUGUGACUUUUUCCUUCCUGAGAGCUGGGGCAGCAUAGUCUACGCAGUGAUUCACCUUCUCAUUGGUUUUCUGGUGCCAGCUGGAUUGAUCAUAUCGUUCUACCAGAGGGUGGUCAGGUACAUCUGGAGGAUCAGUGCUGAUGGCCACACUGUGCGGCGGACAAUGAACAUUGUCCCACGGACUAAAGUCAAGACCAUCAAAAUGUUCCUUAUGCUUAAUUCUGUUUUCUUCCUCACCUGGACACCCUUCUAUCUCGCCCAACUGUGGCAUCCGAGGGAGUCUGAUGGGCCCAGCAGGCAGGGACUGCUUUUCUUCACAGCCAUCACCUGGAUCUCCUUCAGCUCCACAGCAUCCAAACCCACCCUGUAUUCUGUCUACAAUGCAAACUUCAGACGUGGCAUGCGGGAGACCUUCUGCAUGUCAUCCAUGAAAUGCUACCGCAGUAAUGCCUACACCAUCACCGCGAGCUCCCGCAUGGCCAAAAAGAAUUAUGUUGGGGUGGUGGACAUCCCAGUGCAAGCAAAGAUGGUGACUAAAGACUCGGUCUACGAUACAUUUGACCGAGAAGCUAAAGAAAAGAAGGUAGCUUGGCCCACUAAUGCGAACCCUCCAAAUACCUUUGUGUGAAUGAGCUUGGACAGUUUUGAAACUGAACUCACAAACAUAAACUUGUCUAACAUAGCACAGUGCCAGUGGUGGCAGGUGAAUUAGCUGGAGGCUAACAUGCUAGCACUGUAUUUAAGUAAAAAGUUCACCGAAUGUGUUCAGAUUGUAUAAAGGGCUUUUUUUUGAUGUGACAAACCCUAUAGCAGCCAUAUUGGUGAUUUUUAUACUUCAGAUUUCAAUCAGAAUUUGUUUUCGUGCUGUGUUUUGAUGGAUCGUACUCCAUGGAUGAAUUCCAUUUUGUGUUUUGAUGUCAACUUGUUAGCUAGCUAACUGUCUGUGUGGUCAUCGAUCAUAAAAGUCUUGUAACUGCAUCUGGUUUGCUACAGUAAUGUACGUGGUAGAUGCUAAUGUUAGUAAAGGCUAAAAUGUUAACAAUGACAUUAUCUGCUUUGUCACCAUGACUGAGUAACGGUGAGCUGGUUAGAUACCAAAGCCCUGGAUUCAAAGCUUGUUCAAAUAAACUGGGCUGAAUCAAAGUGAAGCUCAGUGUUUUCCAAAAAAAGAGACUAGAUUAUGGACUUGAAAGCUGGAUAGGCUUUGGUAACUUGGAGUACAAUCAGGAUCAAUUAUGACUUUAACAACCAUGUCAGCAAGACCCAUUCAGGUUCAAACUUAGCUGAGUGGUCAUAGCUAAACAUGACAACAUGCAGACACUGUUUGAUUCAGUUCAGUUUCAGAAUGGUGCUUGGUUCUUAAACAGCAUCAAGGCAGAACUCGUUUGGUGUCGAAGUGGAUCGGUAGCUCAAAUCUUAAAGUGCGAUUGCAGAGGGACUUAAGUCCUGUAAUUUCUGAUUGAGUUCCUCAACAUCAUCCUCAGCACUGCUGUGUGGAAACGCUCAACAAGGACAGAACCUGAACAUUUGUCCUCCUUCCAAUGUGCUGAAAUAUCCAGACUUGAGAUCAAAUGGAUGUUCAGUAAUGAGGAUCCUUGAGGAGCUGUAUGAAUGAAACAACCAAGUUUGUAGCUGUGAUCAGUUCUCAUGAAGUUUGAUCAGUGUGAUUAAAGAUAAUUUGUUAUA